UGACGUCAUCAGAACCUCCUUCAUUGACACUGACCGUCGUCGAAGGCUGUAGGGGAGAAGUGGACAUUUCAGCUCGGUUUAUUUUAGCUGGGUUUAUUAGAUCUCUGUAGGCCGACAUGGAUGACUUCGACAUGCUGAGCGCGCCUCAGAACACCGCGGGGAAUGGCGUCGGCGGUGAGGAAGAGGAUCCCGCCGCCGCCUUCCUCGCGCAGCAGGAGAGUGAGAUCGCGGGCAUCGAGAAUGAUGAAGGCUUCAGCAUCCUGGACAGUGGAGAGGUCCCUCACAGCCUGCUGGACAAUAACGGGGGAGCACUGAACGGAGAGCUGCAUGAGACUAACGGUCCCUCUGAUGUGUACGCUGCGAUCUCCAGUGUUGACCGCAUGCAGGCCGAACCCGAGAGUCUGCGCAAGUGGAGGGAGGAGCAAUAUGGAAGACUGGAGGCUCUGGAUGAGAACUCCCGUAAACAAGAAGCUGAGUGGAAGGAAAAAGCAAAGCAGGAGUUGGAGGAGUGGAACGCUCGACAAGAGGAGCAACUCGCUAAGACUAAAGUCAACAACAGGGUUUUGGACGAGGAUUUCUACAAACAGCCCUUCGCUCACCUGAUUGGUUAUGUCACUCAUAUUAACCAUCCUUGCUACCGCCUAGACCAGGCGGCGGAGGAGGUGAUUCGCUCGGAGGCGGAUGACAGCAGUCCGGGGACGGAGUGGGAGCGAGUGGCGCGACUCUGCGACUUUAACCCCAAAUCCAGCAAACAGGCCAAAGACGUGUCCCGCAUGCGCUCGGUCCUCAUCUCACUCAAACAGACCCCGCUCGUCCGCUAGAACACACACACACACACUCCCUCAUACACACACUCGGCUACCAACAAGCCGCAAAUACUGCAGCUCCCAGCAUCCCUGUGGGCCGCAUCACUUCCUGUCUGCGCUCACACACUUUAAAUAGAAAUCUAUACAUUUAUCAUGACACAACAUAUUUACACACUAUUAACUAAACACCUCCCAGCAGCCCCUGGGGCAGAUCUCUUCCUCUCAGAGUAAACACACACACACACACACACACACAUACAUUCCAUGUAUAAUUAUAUCCACAUGUAAUAAUGUAAUAAUCAUUAUCUUUAUUGUUUGUUGAUUUUAUGGACCAAACUCCAGCCCUGUGUGUGUGUGUGUGUGUGUGUGUGUGUGUGUGUGGAUUAUCUAAUCUAUGCAGGAAUGAAGUAUAAACAUUGUGUGUUUUUGGUGUUUGGUGUGUUUUGUGUGUGUGUGUGUGUGUGUGUGUGUGUUAAAAAGUCUGGACCAGUGUACACUUCACAGUUAGUUGAUCAGAACUGCACCUUGGUUCUUGUUGUUUUCGUUGCUGAAUCUGAUUAAACGUGGAUGAAACCUGGA